AGUUUGGGACAAUUUUGUGUUAUAUUUUUUUUCGGAGGAGUAGGUGGAGAUGGCGGUCGUUUUACUCCAGGCUUUAGAGCGGACGGAGUUGAACAAACUUCCGAAAGGCGUCCAAAACAAGCUUGAGAAGUUUGUGACUGAGCUGCAGAAUGCUAAUGAGGCGCUCAAGACACAGCACGAGCGGUUCAAAGCAGACAGUGAGCAGCAGUACUUUGACAUUGAGAAGAGACUGGCAGAAAGUCAGGAACAGAUACUUUCUGCCACAAAAGACCUACAGGCCCUGAAAGAAGAAAAUAAGAAACUCAAAGUGCUGAGCACCCUGAAAGGAACAGAUAACGAGGCCGGUGAAGAAAAGACACCACAACAGCAAACCAAGACUAAGUAUGAGAUUGAAGCAGAGAAGAGGGAGUUGGAUAGGCUGCUGGAGAAGAGAACGCAGGAAGUGGAGAACCUGACAGAGGAUUUGAAGCGUCUGAACGAGAAACUGACAGAAACCAACAAAGUAAAGAUGGAGCUUCAGUUAAAAUUGGAUGAAAUCCAGUCAUCUGCAGCUUCAGUAGAGCAUCGAGAGAAACGCAUGGAGCAGGAGAAAGAACUGUUGGAGAAGAAAAUUGAGUAUUUAACCACAGAGCUGAAAACCAAAACUGAUGAAAUGUUGAACACCAAUCGAGAGAAGGGCACAGAGAUACUGGAACUGCAGGGCAGCCUGAAGAGCAGCAAUGAACAGGUGGCCAGUCUGGAAAGUGAGCUCAGUUCUUUGAGGGAAAUCAGUGAAAACCAGAGCAAAAGAGCUGAAGACCUCAAUAAUAAACUAAAACAGGCAAAAGAUGAGCAGUGCGCCAUGGAGGAGAAAUACCGCAAUGAGCUCAGUGCUCACAUCAAGCUGUCCUCACUCUACAAGGGUGCAGCGACUGACAUGGAGACAAAGAACCAAGAACUGAGCAGAGCCGUGGAGGAGCUCAGCAAGCUGGUUAAAGAAACAGGAGAAGCCAAUAAGUCUUUAGAGAAGAAGGUGUCUGCAGCUGAAGAGCUUAAAACACGGCUUGAAGCAGAACUAAAAGAGAAAAUAAAGAAAAUGGAAAAGGAGCUGGAAAAUGCUACAAUGAAAGCUGCAGGCAAACACUGUUGCGUUCCGUCUAUGACUGAAGAACAGCUGGACUCCAUGUGUCCAACAGCRGCUGCCAUCGCUGCCAUCGUCAAGCCGGGCAUGAAGUUCUUUGAUCUGUAUAAUGCAUAUGCUGAGUGUCAGACACAACUGCAGCUUGAGAAGCAGGAGACCAGGAGGGUAAGCAGGGUCCUGGAUGAGAUCGUUCAGGAGGUGGAGUCCAAGGCGCCUGUUCUGAAGCGUCAAAGAGAGGAGUAUGAGAGCAUGCAGUCGUCCAUGGCCUCCCUGUGCAAUAAACUGGAACAGGCUCGAACUGAGAUCUACAGUUUGCAGAAGGARAAGGAUGAGGCCAAGCAGCGCUGUGAAUCCAUCGAGAAGAACAAACUAAGAACUGAGAGACUUCUGGAGGAUACAUCUGAUCAGUUGUGCUCUGUUCUGGUUGAGUUGGAGAAAGCCAGAGGUAAUCAGGUGCCUAAGGACGACGGCAGCUCUGCAGACAUCUCCAGCACUUCUGAGGUCAUCGGCUCAAGCCAGCUAUCGUUCCGCAGCGUGUCCGAUCUCCAGAGGCAGAACCAAACUCUGUUAGGAAGGCUGAGGGACCUGGAGGAGGAGAGGGACAGAGAGCAGACACACCUAACAUCAGCACGCAUAAAGGAGCUGGAGUCUGCUGUGGAUAAACUCCAGAAGGAGGCUGAUCAGCUGCGGGAGCAGAGGAACCAGCAGAAACAGCUGGCAGACUCCAACGCCAGGCAGAGRGACAUGUUCAAGGUGCUGCUGACCCAGAGCACAGGCUUCAGUCUGCCACCUCAAGGUCAAGGCGCUGCUUCUCCUGCACCUGAUCGUCCUUCAGCCCCAGCUACUCGCUCCACUCCUCAGAGAGCCACGGCUGCAGAGUGGGCUCAGACUGCUCAAACAAAAGCUGCUUUGAAACAACUCAAUGAUGCCUUCACCCUGUAUAAGAAGGAGAAGGCCGAGAACGACAGGAUGCAGAAUGAGACUAUCGACCGGCUGCAGAAGCAGCUGACUGAGCUACGCUCCGGCCGCGCCAAGCUAACCUCUCAGCUGGAGUUCAGUAACAAGAGGUAUGAGAUUCUUCAAGAGACUGUGUCAGCGUACCGCAGAGAGAUUUCUGCCCUUCAGGAGAGGAACCAAAAAAUGGCRGCAACAGCUCAAAGACACGAGCACAUCAUCCACACUAUGAGCCAGGACCUGAGGCAGACUAAUGAGAAACUGGCUCUAGAAGAGGUGCGUGUAGAAAACCUGACUAAAGAGAGAGACAUAUUAAAACAAGCUGAGUCUCGGUUAGGUCAAGAAAGAGAAGCCAUGCUGUUUGAACAACAUAAUCAGAACCUGCUGCUAAYGAACCUCAAGACCAUACAGUUGUCCAUGGAGCGUACAGAAACUGAKACUCGUCAGCGACUUAACAACAAAAUAGAACAACUGGAAAAAGAACUGACUUCAAUGAAGACCAGACUACAACAGGAAGUUGCUCAGAAACAUGCCCUUGGACGCUCUAUGGAUGCACAACUGUUAGAAGUACAGAAGCAGCUGGAGAACCAAACCACCCUUCUGCAGAAGACCAGAGAGCUGCUGCGUAGCUCUGAACAGCAGGUAGCUGCGCUGAAAGCUCAGUCCACUUCUGCUCCGUCCUCUGAGGCUGCAGCCGCCUCCAGCAGCACCGCCACCCCAGCUACCAGAGCUGCUGGCCUCCGAGCACCACUGAGUGUACGCUCUCCAGCUCCAGCAGCUUCUCAGCAGUCCAGCCAGUCGGAGCAGGAGCUCUCAGAGAUUAAGGGUCUGCUUCGACGUGCCGAGGAACAGAACACUGAACUGGCAGAGCAGCUGAAGAGCGCCAAUGCCUCAGUUGAACAAUAUCGAUCUAUGGUGCUGACUCUGGAAGACAGCCUUAAAAAAGAAAAGGAGUUGCGUUCUCCUCUAGAGGUCAGACUGAAGGAGUCAGAAGAGGUGCAGAAGCAGCUGGAGAAGAAGCUUUUAGAGGGGGAGAAAAUGAAGCAGCAGGCACAAGAGGAAGGACGGAAGGCUGUGGAUGCAGUGGAGAAACAAACUAAGCUAGCCGCAGAGGCACAAGCUAAGUAUGAGCGUGAGUUGAUGCUUCACGCWGCUGAUGUGGAGGCUCUGCAGCAGCUAAAGAAAACAUCCCAGCAAGACGCAGCUCGCAAGAGGGAGUUGGAGGAAGAACUGAAAAAGACUACUGCUCUUCUGCAAGAGAAAACCACAACCUGGAACACGAUUGAGAAACAGCUGAAGGAGGAACGGUCCAAUCUGAGUCGUCGCUGCGAGGAGCUAGGGAGGCAGAAUGCUCUCCURCACCAACAGAUGGAUGAAAUGGCCACCAGGAGUCACCAGCUGCAGCAGCAGCCGCACCAGAAUCUGGACCUGUCAUUCAGCGAGGAGGGAAAGAGCRUGGAACAGAUACUGGAAAUACUCAGGUUUGUACGGCGAGAGAAGGAGAUUUCUGAAGCUCAUUAUGAAGCAUCUAAAGGAGAAGCUCUACGCUACAAACAGCGAGUCGAGCACCAAGACAGAGAACUGAAGGAGCUACAGGAAGCACUAAACGCUGAGAGGGAAAGGAUGCAAGUGACAGCGAAAACUUUGGCUGAGCAGCAAGAACAGUUGAAGAGGUUGGAGAUGAUAAGUUCUCUACAAGAAACCAACAGGAUGCUGAAGGUGGACAGAGAUAAACUGGAACAGGAGCUUCAGCAGGCUCAGGCUAAAGUGACGAAGCUCCAGACAGACAUCGGCCCGCUGCACAACUCUCUGUCUAUACUGUCAGAGAAAAAUGGCUCCCUGCAGGCCGAUAAGAGGCURCUGGAAGAAGACCUCAAACGACUAAAGGCCAGAAUACAACAACUUGUUAGCCAGCAGAAAGACGGUGAUGUUGAGGAAAAACAGAAACUCACAGCAGAAAAAGAGGUUAAUCUAAAGCGCAUAGUACAGCUAAGUGAAGAAUCAGCCAAGCUGAAGACUGAGCUGAUCAGAUCCAACGCCAGCAGUAAUUCAGCUCAGUCCCAAGUGCAAGGCCUAAGAGAAUCUGUGUCUCGCAUAACGUCAGAAAGAGAUGCUCUCAAAAAAGACCUGGAGGCCAAAAAUAAYGACAUUGUGGAGAAGAUCAAGACCAUCAAUCAGGUGAAAAAGAUUGGACGACGAUACAAGGCUCAGUACGAUGAGCUCAAAGCCCAGCAUGACAAGCUGGUCAGUGAAACAGCUGCUAAAGCAGGAAGUGAAGCAGCRCCGAACCAGGAAGCACAGCAGGAGCUGAACAAAGUCCAAGAGGAGCUUAAAAAGWCCCAAGAGGAGCUGAACACAUUAAAAGAAGAAAUGCAGAAAAAGCGGGAAGAGGCCCAGAAGGCCCUGCAGGAGCUGGAGGCAGCCCAGAAGGAAAACCAGCAAACCAAAGAAAAGCUCCAAGAAGUCCAAAACCAGCUGACACAGAACCAGAACCAGCUGACUCAGGUCCAGUCUCAGUUGUCUCAGACCCAGACUCAACUGCAGCAGAGUCAGAACCAACUGACCCAGAGUCAGAAGGACCUUCAGCAGGCCAAGAGCCAAACCCAGCAGGUACAGAACCAAUUAAAAUCAGCCCUGAGUCAAGCUCAGGCCCGUCAGAACCAGAUUCAGCAGGUCCAGAGGGAUCUUCAUCAGGCUAAAGACGCCCUCCAACAGAACCUUGCUAAACAGAAGGAGCUCCAACAAACGAGCCAGGCCAGCCAACAGAGCCUCAGCCAGGAAGUCAAAGAUUUAAAAACCGCUCUGAGCCAAGCUGAAAACAAAGUGACUGAGCUUCAAGGCAAGGUGGACAACCUGCAGGAGACUGUUGCUGAGCGUGAAGCAGACAAUAAGCGUCUCCAGGAGCAGCUAACUGAAGCCAAACAGGCUUAUGAAGCUAACCAAGCUGCAAAGGCCAACCAGAGCCAGAGUUCCCAGUCUACCCAGGCCUCUGAUGCUAAAGCUGCCGAUGAUGCUAACCAGCAAGAUGAGCUGACCAAACUCAAACAGGAGCUGUCUGAAAGCAGAGGCCGAGAGGAGCAGCUCAAACAGCAGAUGGCUGAGAAAGAGGAGAAGACGAAGAAGGCCUUCCUGGGAGCCAAACUUAAAAUCAGCCAAGUUAACAAGGCUAAAGAGCAGCUCAGCAAAGAGAACGAAGAACUGAAACAGAGUAAGGAGGAGCUGGAGGACAGAAUGAAUGCACUCAAGUCUCAGUUUGAAGGAAAGUGUUUACGUCUGGAAAGAGAGCUGAAAGAACUGAGAGAGACGCAGGUCCACUCUGACCAAAGAGAAGAUCCUCCGGACCAGAGCGGAGCCAAGGUGGGUGAUCAGGCCAGGUCUUCAGACCAAAGACAGAUUUCUUUGAAGAGUCCCGCUCAAGAAAGGGGAAGCUCCAGUGUCUCUGAGCCUCCCACUGCCAACAUUAGACCCACUCAAAGUACUCCGUCUCCCAGUAACAAGGCGAGCACCUCCACAGGCAGCAAGGCCACACCUCGUGCCAGUAUCAAGCCUAUGGUUACCCCAGCUACCGUUCCCAUAGCGACCCCUACAGCAACAGUGAUGCCGACCACACAGACUGAGAGUCAAGAAGCGCUUGUAAGUGCAUCUGUCCACUCCACCAGCUCCGCUCUCGUCAACACUUCCACCUCCAUGGCUCAGCCAACCAGCACUCAGGCCACAGCUUUUGUCCAGCCCACUCAGCAGCAGGCAGCCAAUCAGGAUGCAGGAUCCAGCAUGGAGGCAGAGCGGCCAACCACAUCCUCCUCUAUGACUGGAGCAGGUUCAAAGCGAAAGGUUGAGGAGGAGGAGGAAGAGAGUAGACCAGAGAGUUCUCACACACCGCCAACCACUAAAAAACUACGACUAAAGCCGACAAUAGCCCUGCAGAUGGAGGGUGAAGAGGAGAUGGAUGGAGAGCUGAGGGACAUGAGAGAGCAGCUGGAUUCACCUGAUGGCAGCCAGGAGCUCCCAGAGGAAGGUUUUCCAGUCUUGGCUGAAGACCUGGAGGAAGAGGGCAUUUCCCAGUCUGUCCCCUCUGAUCAGGGCUCCCAGGUCUCUGCAAUAAUCCGAGAUGUUAUUGUGAUUGACACGGAUAGUGAGAGCCCAGAGGACCAGAAGCAGGAAGGUGAAGAAGAAGAUGAGGAAGAAGUCGAAGAAGAGCAGUUCAAGGAGGGAGGUGAUGAAGAACAUGAGGAUGAUGCUGCUGACAGCGGGAUGAGGGGAGCUGAGGAGAGUAAUGAGGAGAGCAGAGAAGCUGAAGAGGAGAGGGAUGAAGGAGGACCCUCAGAUGUCACCAACACUGAGGAGAACGUGAGCGGAGCGUCUUCGGCCUCCCAGUGUUCCUCUGAGCCAACAUUCAGCGGAGAAGGCAGCAGUGGUCUCAUGGAGUCUGAACCCCCCAGAGACUCCAUUCACCUCCUCCCGACAUGCUCCUCUACACAGUCGCCGUCCUCGUCCUCCCUCACACCUCGACUGCCACACACACGCAGGCUGCCGCAUGCUGUCCCACCUCGGCUCUACAUCCAAGCUCCAGCUCCUGAACUGGGACCCCCACACACACAAAGACAGUCCUCUCAGCUGCGWAGACCCUCUUCAGGACGUGGACCUCAACUAACCCCUGGAUUAGCCCCAAUGCCUUUUUUUGAUGACGACGACAGGAUGGUUCCCAGUACUCCCACUCUGGUGGUCCCUCAUCGCACUGAUGGUUUUGCUGAAGCGAUACAUUCUCCUCAGGUCGCAGGUCUGUCCACCAGGUUCAGAUUUGGACCUCCAGAAGAUUUGCUCCAACAAACACCAUCUUCACACUCUGACCUGGGACAGCUGGCCUCUCAAGGAGGUCUGGGAAUGUAUGAGUCUCCUCUUUUCCUGGCUGCUCAUGAUGAAGAUGGAGGAGGAAGAAGCGUCCCUACUACACCUUUACAAGUGGCUGCACCAGUGACGGUCUUGACUGAGUCUGUGCCUUCAGACAGUUGUGACAACAUGGCCUCCCAGUCGGUUCCCAUGGUUACUGCCUCCUCUGGGAUGGCUGCUGCAGCAGAUGAUGGAGAUGAAGUCUUCAUGGAGCAAGAAGGAGACGGCCCCGGUACUGAAUCUUCUUUGGAGAGUCAGGCAGACAUGGAGUCAACAGUUCAGCAAAGCGAUGAUGCAGCGCUUCCAUCCACCAGCCAAGACCCUGACACCAGCAGUGUGAUUCUGCGCCACACUGUGACCAGUCAGCCUCUGAUCAGCAGCCUGUCAGGCAGAGGAUCCAGAGGAGCCCGACUGCUCAGCCGCAGAGGAACCUUUCCUCGAGGAGGAAGAGGAGGCAUGGGCAGAGGAGGCUUUGCCUAACGAUGAUGUCACCCGUAAAGACAUCAUUUCAUCAAUAAGAGCAAAAACAAAACAAUCACAAACUCCAAGUUAAAUUCAAAUCAGUAAUCACACUAAUACAGGAACGUUCUGAUCACUUUUUUUUCCUCAUGUGAGCUCAGACGGUUUGUGAAACUGAGUUUUAGUUUUUAUAAUUGUUUUAAUGUUCAUGAUGUUUUUGUUAGUUUCGCUCUGUGUUAGGAUGGUUUUUACAAAUAAAGCAGAAUGACAAAUAGCAGCAA